GGUACGUCCUUGGCUUGAGGAUUGUCCUUCGCGACUAUUCCUACCGCGAUCCAGGUCGCAAAGAGCGCUCUCCUAGGCUUCUUCCGCCCCUCGUUGACGGACUUGGCAGUACACGUGGCGAGACAGCACGUGAUGCCGUCCCUCAGAUAACGGUACCCGUUUCCCAGCCUGAACUGAUUAAAAACGCAAAUCGGAAAAUAAAAAUGCAUCCAAGUAGAACAAUCAAAACUCAAGCCCAAAGACGUGAACGUGACGUCGACCUGAGCCAGCGUCAAACAUGGCAGUUGAUCGCCUUCUUAUCGGAUGGCGCUGCGGACGAAACGUGGAGAACGUGCACCGGCUGGUAUCAGAAUUGUGCGUGUGCGUAUGUGCGUGUGUGUCUACACGCGUGUGCCCGUUAAAGUGCGAAUGAGAAAGAUGAACAGCUGCGCUUUUCUUUCAUCUUCUCGUCUCAACGCCACUCCAUAGCGGAGCGCAGAAGGCAAAGAGCGGCUCUUUGCAGCGGAAAGCAACACGGAACAGGUGAACUUCCUGUGCGACUUUCGCUGCGUUGCACCCGACGCGUGGCGUAACGGCUUGAGGGUGAUCAGCGCGACACAUAUUGGCACAGGGCGUGCGUCUAAGUCAGCACACACACGCACGCGCGCAUGCACAUUGCAGCAGUACUCCUCUUUUCCCUGUCUGUCUGGGAUUUUUUCGCUUUCGAAAGAGGGAAGAAGACCCUUCGAGUGGGGGGGGGGAGAUAUCAGCCGCGAUGCGUCUUGGCUAUAAGCGCCGCCACUUCUUACAUUCCGUUUCUCCGCUUCGAUCACGCGCAUACGAAUUCCUGAUUGGGGCCAUCAGGUGGGGAUUACGCUUUUAGGUUGCGCACAAAGCAACAGCGCCUGGCACAAGAUCUUUUUGUGGUGGUUGCUUUACACUGACAUUCCGUCAGCAAAUCAAAGCACAAUUGACACAUCCACUCACUUAUUCUUUUUUUUCUGUUUUCUUCGUCUUGACAUCACGGGGUUGAAUUACCCCCUUUUUACGUUAUUGUCUGCUUGUUGUUGAUUUCUUUCUAGAUUUAACUGAUGUGCGGAUGCCACGCAAACGAUCGUUGCUUGCGUCAACAUCCCUGCUUCACGUCCGUUACACCUCUCUUGUGUUUCGACUCCGCAGUUCUCUUUUUUUCUUUAUUUUUCCUCCUCCCGAACCUUUAUCAGGAGUGAAUCAGGUUCUUGGAACUGUUUUCAAAUCUUUUUCAAGUUGCAGUCACUUUCUCUGAUGCUUGUUUUGUUUCUACUUUGUGUGUAUUACAGUGAUGAGCAUUGCUGUGCAUACUGCUGUGGUGGUUUCUCCCUUCCUGCACCUUGCCGCAGCUCCUAAGCAGCACCGAGAAGGAACAAAGGGAAAGCCCUUUCGUUUGCUUUCAUGUUUUCCUUGCCGACGAAAUAAAGCCCAUCACGCAUACUUUGUGUGGGUGGGUGUGUGUUCCAUUCGUUAUCGUUUAAGUUUUCUUCUUUUGUUUUUUCCCUGCUCGAUCGCUUCGAUGGAGCAUCCCACACGCUCAUUUCUCUUUUCAUUAUUUUCCGACUAUUGAAAUAGACGCCGGCGGAUGAGGCGCUGCAUCGGACGCUCGCCUCCCAGAAGCGCGGGCGGGCAUACUCCCGACGUGUAUUUGAGGCUUACAUGCAAAAACCGCCUGGCGCUGUUAAAAAAAGAGGGGGGCUGGCAACGCACGUAUGAAUUGCUCCCAGCGGCACCACCAACAAAGCCGCAGCUCACCAAGCGCCCAUCAAGCGGUGCGAGUCUCACAUCACAAUCGAAGUGCAGCAAAGCUGCAGGAAAAAUCAAACGACUCGUGGCCUGUUCCGCAAAGCCAUUCGUCUCAGGGUGUCCCAUCGAAACGUCGCCCUCGCCCUCCAGGCCCCGCAAGAUGACAUUGCCACCAGAAGUCAUGGCGAUGGGCAGAUGAAGCAUCUGCGACAGCACAGGAGACGUCGAAGCCUACUCCGUUUUCUCUCGGCACACGCAUAGCUCAUCCACCAUCGCGAUGGUGGUGUUCGUUUACUCAUAUCACGCUCACUUCGCAGCAAUUGAUCGGUAUCUUUACAUUGUAUGUCGUUGCAUAGCAAACUGAACCAAUAUACAUAUAUAUGUACAUCUUGAGGUGAAAAUGUCGUUGCAACCCACGCUUAUCAGUUAAAAGAAAAAGGCGGUGUGCAGUCAUCAAUAAUUAACGUGACUUCUGCGCAACAAAUUCUUUUUUCCAGCGCAAACAACACCCCGUAUUCAUUUCGGCACUAUAUCUGUUUCAAGCUACUGACUCCCUGUGUCGCCCUUUUUCUUCAACUUCACAGAGUUAUACAUAUUUUUUUAAUGUCUUCACAUGAACACGCGUUGCCCUUAUUCAUUUUCUCGUGUGACUUUACGAAUUGGCUCCCUCCGCAUUAAAUGAUCUCCCGAAGCGACUUUUCUGGCUUCUCUCGCCUUCUCUCCUGACCGCCUUUCACCGUUGUGUUUUAUGUCCCUAUGCGCCUUAACUUGCGUUGGCUAACAGCACCAACUCUCCUAUACAUCCUUUUCGUUUUUCCCCUCAAUAGAACCGUUGCUUUUUUGCGUUUGUGCCUGUGUGACUUCAGAUAGCUUUACAGUAAAACGAAAGAAAAAGAGCUUCCCGCUUGGUGUUAUUGAAAUCGAUUCUGUGCGUCAAGAUGUCCAGCGAUGUCGCGAUCGUGACGACGGUGAGCUCCGACUCCGUGAGCCGGCUCUUCGGCCCGGCAGGCGCGAUGGACUUCCGCUCCAGCCCUGGGAUGAAGGACGAGUACGAGGAUCCCAAGGCCAUCUUCAACAAGAUGAAGCAGAAGGACGUAAAGCCACUGCCCGACAUCAACAUCCUCAAGGGCUCCAUCUACAGCUACAAAAACCGUCGCAUCAUCACACGCUGGUUGCGCGACGUGUGCGGGGCCUUCAACCUGCGCAGCACCACCCUCUGCCUCGCGGUGCAGCUAGCCGAUGCGUUCAUUGUGGGCAGUCUGAAGCAGCUGGAGCUGCAGAAGUGUCAGCUUGCCGCGGUCACCGCCCUCUGGAUCGCCGCGAAGUUUGAGGAGAUGGACGCCGACUUGCCCAACUUGCGCAAGAUCGUCGACGUGUGCGACGGCGCGUACGCCAAGGAGAACAUCCUUCUCAUGGAAGAACGCAUCUUGAGCUUCUUCAAGUGGUACCUGCCGCACACCACGGUGGUCAACCACGUGUACCUGCAGCUGCACCUGCUGAACAACCCGGCGCUCAUCGACUCGACGAAAGAGGCGGUGGUGCCGGCUGCCGUCGCGGUAGACGUCUUGGUGCUUGAUGCGCAAGAGUCGCGCGGUUGGGCAAGCAUCACGCUGAGAUCGACGCAAACGUUGCAGGACUGCCUCGCUCAGCUGUGCGCCGCGUCGCGCCUGCUCUACAGCUCAUCGACCAGCGUCUUCCAGCUCUUCGGCAGCGAUUUCUUUUUGGCAGAGCGGCUGCCACACAGCACCCUCGUGAAGGACCUCCCGCUGGACGGCAAAGGCAGCCGUCGCCUCUUUGUGUGCUCCUCUAGUAGUCAAGUCACGGCCACCUUCGCUGAGCGGGGGUCGUACGUCAUUCUGCGCUCCAUCAACGCCGGUUUUCUCGAUCUGUGCGACAUCCUCACCCAAGAGGUUGUCACCCACGUUGAGUUUCUGCGUCUCUACAGCUACGUCACGGCGUUUGGCGUGCUCGGCCUGGCGCUGUGCUUGGUGUCGCACAACAAGGACGAGAGCAAACGGUUGCUGGAGCACGUGCACAAGACACUAGACAUCUCCGCCACGCAGGGCUUGGCCGUUGCUGAUUUGCUUACGACCAAAUACAAGGAGGCGCUACCCACCAUCCGAGAGGGGAACAGCCUCCCUCGCCCUGGUGAGGACUUCCGUGAGCUGCUCUGCUACUGCUUCGAUCGUAAGCUUUCGUAG